AGGGAACAACGCAUCGUCAUCACCGUGAAACAGAGCCUCAACUGCAACUACUAUGCACGUGUGUAGUGCGAUAACUCAGAUAAGCGUUGACCGUAAGUCAUUUCUUCUCGUUUAUCACGACUUGCACCGGACCGUUUGAAAACGAAAUUUUGUGCGAUGGUCGUCGUCGUCGCGGUGGACCGCGGUCAUGUAGGUAUAUAUUAAUAUGAUAAUAGACGUUCGCGGCCGUGCACGCUACGUAGGUAUACACCGCUCAUCAGUGUAUCGCCGCGGUGAAACAGUGAUCGGUCUGUCGUACGGAACGUAUCGUCAUUACGCGCGGUCCUUCGACGUUAAAAUAAUAUUAUCGUCUGAUAAUAUUAAACAUUUACGCAGAUAAUAGGUACGCUUGUCCGCGAUAUGUGAUAAAAUAUAUUUUCUAAUUAUGUAAGUGUUGCAACUUACUGUACCUGUAAUAGUCGUGGUGCUUGACGAAAUUCCGUAAUUUUUUUUUUAACCUGCAGUCACUAUAAUAUACUCACACGCACAGGCACAUUUAUAUUUAUAUACCAUAAAUAAUUGUAUGUGUGCUGGCUAAAAAUAUAGAUUUACCAAUACUACAGAAUCCUUCAACUGACCUCCGGCCAAACGACAUAAUAUUAUUACCAUACCAUGGAAGCUGAUGAAAAUACGUAUUUAAAACAUAAACGAAUGAAAGUGUACAGCUUGGAAACGAAUUCUAUCGUGGAGAGAAAAUGGUUUCUGGACCUGUUGACGUGCAUGUUCGGCGUGGGUGCUUGGAUACUGGUCAACAGUCUAUAUACGCAGCUUCCGUUGCUCGUGCAAAGCGCGCCCGAAGGCUGGAACUUGCCGUCGUACUUGUCGAUAGCCAUACAAAUCGGAAACGUGGGCCCGCUGCUGUACAGUGCCUGGCGCCGGAAGUACGGAAACCGAUACGACAGGCCGCUGACGAUCGCCGUGCUUAUUUCCGGCGUAACGUCCGUGCUCCUGUUGGCCGGGUUGUACGACGUGACGGGCGUUGUGUUCGGCCAACCACACAGUGUCGUGCUCUGUGCGCUCACGUUCACCAUGGCACUGGUCGGGUGCACUAGUUCCGUUCUGUUCAUACCGUCGUUGUCCCGGUAUCCAGACAUAUACCUGGUCACGUAUAUGGUCGGUGAAGGCAUCAGUGGGUUCGUACCAAGCUUGGUCGCGAUCGUCCAGGGCGUGGGCACCACCACUUGUCGGACGGUUGAGCUGCCGGAUGGGCGGACGUCGGAAGUUAAGUCGACUACAGAUGCGCUCUUCUCGAGCGGUCCGUUUUUCAUCGGCAUUGGCGUGAUAAUGUGCGCCAGCACGGUGUCUUAUCUGUGCCUGGAAUACUUGCCGACCUGCAAGAGGGAAAAAAUUCGGAUACCAUCGGAGGAUGACCAGCUGCGCCGGAAUAUCGGCGUCGGGAGCACCGAAAACCGCAGUCAUAGUCUGAACGUGUCGUUAUUGGCUGUACAAGGUGCGAUCGUGUUCUUUGCCAACGGACUGUUGCCCAGCAUUCAAUCGUUCUCAUGUCUGCCAUACGGCUACAUGGCGUAUCAUUUCGCGACCAACCUGUCGAAUAUCGCAAACCCUGUGGCAUGCUUCAUCGCCUAUUACACGAGUCGAACGUCUAAAACCGUAAUAUAUAUGCUGUGUAGCAUAUGCGUAGUGUCCACAAUGUACAUGCUGAUGACCGCUUUUACGAGUCCGUCACCUCCAUUGCGCAAUUCGAUCACUGGAACAAUCUUGAUCGUUUUUAUGUGGGUUUUAUUCUUUGGAUGUGCUUCUUAUGUCAAAUUAUCAAUAGCUGCAGUAUUAAGAAAUGAAGGUAACAGAGGACUAUACCUUUACGGUUGCAUCACUCAAAUUGGAUCAUUAUCAGGAGCAUUGAUUGGAUUUUAUUUAAUUAACAUUUUACAAUUGUUAAAAUCAUAUGAACCCUGUUAAGGGGUUUAAUUAAAUAAUAUAAUUAUAAAUGUUCCUUUAUACGAUUAAUAAUUGUAUCGAACUAAAGUAUAUUUUUAUGAAAUGUACAAUAUACUUAAUAAAUUAAACAAUGUUAUAGUA